AACGCAUCGUAACGUUCCAUGAAAAAUUUGAAAAAUGUCAACACUGUCCGUUCGCUUUUACAAUUUGUGACUCGUAUCUUUAGAUUCUUCGUCGAAAAACCGUGAUUUUAUUGUAUUUCCACAAUCCCCAACGUUUAUAUUUGAUCGUGCCCGUGUUUUUUUAAAGUGGUGAAUUGCAUUUUUGUGUUUUAAUAUCGAUUUAUCAUUGAAAACGGUUGAUCAAAAGUGUAUCAAGAUGACUGUUUACCUUAACGACUUUAAUAACAAUAUCCAAUCGUAUUUCAUAAGUAGUACCUACGGAAAUGAAACGAUGGUCCUAAAUUGCCUUAAUCACCUGUCGCUUGUAACGGAUCACCGGGUUUUCGAUGUUUCCGUCUACGGGACCAACGUGUUCUUCAUAAACCUCCACAAACUUAUGAGCACCGGCACCAAGAAGAUGUCCCUGCUGUGGUCCGCCGUUUCGGUGUUGGAGGUGGCCGCCAAAAGUGAAGAAACCCGGCAGGCUCUUAUAGGAAAGUUUCACUAUCUGCCUACCCUGGCCAAUCUGCUGCAGGAGACGCACAACGGCGAACAACAGCUUCGGCUACUGGCACUGGUUGAGCUGCUGACUCAUGGGGCUCGGUUGGAAAGCCACGAGCCGUAUGUUGAGAGUUUGAUUGUUAAAUUGUUGGGUUUGAUGGAACAGGGACACAGUCUAAAGGACAAGGAAGAGCUGGUCACGUUGGCUUUGUCGGUUCUGGUCAAUAUGUGCUAUCAGAAUCUACCGGUUACUUAUCUGCUCACGAAAAACAUUAGCAUUUCGAAGUUCUGUGGCCAGAUCAAACAGAUGGGACUGAUUGCGGUAAAGAUGUACAUUAUACUGGAACGCAAUGAUUAUCUGAAGGAAAUGGAUCUCCAUUACAUGCUGAAAAUGAGCUUUAUGGAAGUGACCAAUGUACUGGCCACGAGCAACAGUUUUAUUCUUCGUCACGUGGUUGACUAUCUGCAAUACAUUCGACAGCAGGAUCGCGGAGAUCCCGAAUCAUCAAAGGAAAAUCGUCCCCGAAAUGUUCAAACUUUGCAAGACAAUUUCUUUCAGGAUAAUCUGAAGCAAUUCCUCGUAGACAUUGAUAAACAUUGUGCUGAAAAGUUUUUCUCGGAAAGCGAAUCUACCACCACUGCUCCGACGCGAAAAAAACGAAAAGGAUCCGAGGCUGAGUCUUCGGGUGGAACAAGUCCCAAAAGUGGCGCCAAGGACGGUUGCAUGGAUGUGUUGUUUGAAAUUCUAGCAUGUGUCGUUGCGUUGGAACCGGUGGGGGAAAACUAUCGGCGAAAGAUGGUUGAUCUGGCCGUCAGGUGGAUCCGGGCGAAGAACAGUUGCGCCCGUGCAGUUGAUUUGCUGAGGGUUAUUCUAGAGCAGAGCAUGCAGCAGGACGAAAAAUCCGAAUGUGCAGCGAAAACAGCGGAAGCUUGCCGUGGAGUGCUGGAAGAUGUUUUGUCGUUGGUUCUCAACAAUACAGACGAGAAAAUGACGAUUUCGUUCUGCAAAAUGCUCGCAACAAUUGUAAAACUGCAAAAUGGAUCGCAAACAGUACUAGAUAAAACAGCGGAACGUUUAUUCAAUCACAUAUUCAGCCACCUACUCGAAACACAAGAGUCGAGCUCAGCAUUCAACUAUUCUCUGCCGGAUAGUGAGAUUCGCAUGUAUAUCUGGGCACUUGUAACUUUCAAUGAAUUUGCCAACUGCGCACCGACUCAUUGGUUUGCCAAAGUGACUAAUUUGUGGAAACAAAAAUCGAUUCAUUUCCUCAUAGCCAAGGGACUGAACUGUGGUGACGAAGAAAUAUCGGAAGCAGUUCUUCAGGUCACAGCAUCGGUAGAUUUUCCUCGAAGAGAGUUGUCGCACAUGAUCUCCAUCCUCAGCUCGAGCAAUCGACGGAACUACAAGCUGCCGGAAUCCCAGAAUACCUCCACCACAUUUCACUCCGCACCAGCAACCGGAAGCUUUUUCAAUCGGGAUCUACUGGAGCGUAUGAACCUGACCGUAUCGCACCUUCAAGAUGCGGUUUCGGCCGGCCAAAUCAACGAUGUUACGAAGGUCGAACUGAUCGAAUUCUACAACUGCAAAAUUGGCAUGGAGACACAACUGAUGACGGAGCUACGGGCCAGCAUGACGGGAAUGUCCACCCAGAUCAGUACGCUCAUGCAUCAGAACCAGUUGCUUUCGUCCGAAAUCGAUAAAAUCCAGCGAAGCAAUCUACCUUUGGUUCUUAAAGUCUCGGCUCUCGAGACGGAAAACCACGCCCUGGAACGGGAGCUCAACAAAAUGAAGCUGGCCACUGCUAGUUACGACAAGAAGAUAAACCAGAUGAAGCAGGAGAUGUCCGAGUACAUUAAGAAGUACAGCGAAAAAUCACAGCAGUGUGCAUCGCUGAUCAAGGAAGUCGAGAAGUACCGGGUGCGGGACGCAAAUUACGAGAAGGAAAACAAACGGUUGCAGCAUGAGCUGACGGAAAUGACGAAAAAUCGCGACGAUUCCCGUGCCCUGCUGAAGGCAGCCGAAGAGGACCGACAGAAGUUGGCCGAACAGAAAGAGUCGGAACGGAAACUGCAUGAAAGCAAACUGAGGGAACGGGAACGGGAAAUUUCCAAACGCACCAGUCUGGUGCAGCAGCUAGAACAACAGCUGACAGCCCGGGAUGGCCAGAUCGAAUCCCAGCAGACGGAACUGAAGGAACUGAUGAAGCAGCUCGCGGCCAAGGACGAGCGGAUUGCCAAAAUCGAAGAAGAACUGGACGAGAGCAAGAACAUUCAGCAAGCCAUCUACAGCUUGAUGAACAAGGGCAAGAAGUAGGGACACAUUUUUCGAAGGUGAAAAACGGAAACAAAGGAUUAUUUUGCUCAUAGGUA